AGUCAGUCUCGGUUGAUUUUUAAUGACAACCGGUGCCGGCGAUUUCACGCCUUGUUGUUCCCAUAUAAAAUCCCCUUUUCCUGCUUACUUUUAGCUGAUUUCAAUAACAACAAUGUCCGAGGACGGUGAUAUUUGUGGUGGCAUAAGCCAACUGGUUGGCCAGGAACGUGAAGAGGCAAUUCAGUUUCUGCAUUCAACACUGGCUAAACUGAACGAAUUAAAUGGGCUUGGUUAUCAAGCAAUCGAGGUGACUUCCGUCACUGGUCAAGUGGUGUCUGGCACGCUAAAUGUCUAUCAAGUUAAACUGAUGAAAGGAAACACUUCCGUGCAGUGCUGUGUGGAGAUCUGGUCACAGCCCUGGCUCGAAUCGAACGGCACAAAUGUCAAAAUCAAAGUCGAGGGCGAUACCGAAGAAGAAGAAUAUACCUUCUAGUCAAAAAUGUGUCGACUCUGAGUUAUCUAAGACGUGUCUUUUUUUAUGUCGCUUUUUAAUGUUUCGUAUAAGUUAUUGCAUUUUGUUCAUUCCAGUUAAUAAAUAUAACGACAAUCUUA